CAGUGCUCAGAGCGUGAUGGACGGGCAGCAGGUCGCCAUAAAACACACAUUUCCCUCCCGCAUAGUGAAGUGAGCUGACCGCAGGGUCGAGCCGGGCGGAGGCGCGUCGCGGUGCCCUUGAGGAGACUACUGACUGCCGCAGGAGACAGAGGAGCCAGGAGGAGGAGGAGAGUAGUAAAGAAGGAGGAAAACCAAAUGGCCAACAAGAGGUGAUGGAGCUGUGGAGAUGCUCGGUAAAUGACUGAGGCUGACUGAGAGUGAAGUUCAACCCGGCGGGAUCCGCUGGUUUGCGGGAAAGCAGGUGUCUGUCGUCACUGAACUUUUAAAAUGGAGUCCACUCAUCUCCUGAGUGGCUCUAAAAAGAGAGUAAAGAUCCACCCUCACACCGUCACAGCCAAGUACGCAACGCACACCCCCUACUCCCCUCAACCUGGAGUACACACGCACUUCCCCCAGCCAGGGGACGAGGGCUACGAUGACGCUCCGUCUUUCGAGGACUUUGGCUCCUUCCUGGAGGAGACGUCAGACAAGAAACAGCUGAUGGAGAACAGGAAGUGGCCUCUGACUCUGUUCAGCUCCAAAGACAAGGACACGACUAACAGACCUCAGGCUGCUGCUGCGGGAGGAGAGGGGAGUGAGGGGGGAGCCAAAGCAGUAAAGGUGUCUGGGAAAGGGGUUGGGGAGCAGCUGGCCAGUUUCGGGGAGGCAUCUGUGUCUGCUUCCCGGCUCACCUGGGUGGGGCUGCUUGGUGCGGCGUUGGCUCAUGGCUGUUUGAUUGUUCUGACCCGCCUGGCCUCUGAACGCUUCAGCCUGGGCCCCCUGUUUCUGCUCUUGGUUCGCUCCAUCGUCCAGCUCCUCUCUGUGGCCGUACCACUGCACAAGGGAGAGAACCCUUUCGGACCGGAGGGCUACCGUCUACGUCUGCUCUGUUACGGCAUCGCCUACUCUCUCUCCCUCUGCUGCGCCUACUCCUCUUUAACCUUUGUCUCUCCUGGAAAUGCAACAGCGACCUGGCGCCUAGCAACCACGGCACUGUCAGCAACCCUGGCCUUCCUACUCCUGGAGGAGAGGCUGGGAUUGGCUGACGGGAUCACCAUAGCAGCAGGGCUGUGCGGUUUGGGGCUUGUGUUACUUCCCACAGCAGACGAGAGCAAUACUGAUUCACCAACUGACCCGGCUGUGUUCUGGAGGGGUGCGUUCGGCUGGUCGCUUUCUGCUCUUGCAGGGUUGUGGAUGGCUCUGGCGCUGGUUGGGUAUCGCUCCCUGAAGGAGAGGGUGGGAGUGGGCACAGCUUUGUUCACGGUAAGCUGGACGGGCUGCCUGCUCGCCCCAGCCUCCUUGGCUCUGCUCCAGGAGGGCUGGUCCUGGCCUAUGAGCGCCACAGCCUGGGGCCUGGUCUUGGGCCUGGUUGCGUGCUCGGUGGCAGCCUUUCUGGGGAUGACGCACGCCCUCACCCGACUCCACCCGGCUCUGGUCUCCGCCUCUCAGAGCCUGGAGAUACCUAUUGCCAUACUGCUGCAUCUGGCUGUGCUGUCGUUGGCUCUGCCCACUGCGCCGGAGGUCGUUGGGAACGUGAUGGUCAUACUGAGCGUUGGGUGGCUGGUGGCGAUGAAGCUUCUACCUGCUCGUGGGGGAGCGCGGCGCCAAAGGGAGGAGUAUGAGGAGAUUCUGGACUCACCCAUCAAAUAGACACCUCUUCCCCCUCACUCCCUCCUUCACAAGAUUGGUUCCAGUGUACAUAAGAGACUGCUAGAUGUUUAUCGGAGCUUUAUCUAUUUUGUAUCGUCCUCUUUGCUUUUGAGAAAGUGCCAAUAUUGUGUUGUCUGUUAUAGUGACCAUGUGAUGUGACAUUAAAAUCUCCCUGAUGAACACAA